UGUAAAAGGAGGGGGGCAAUGCAAAUAGUCUGGGUGGUUUUUGAUUAUGAUCCACUGGCUUUAGGUCAUAAAUUUCAUAAUUUAUAGUUUUGCUGAUAGGAAGUUGCUUUCCUGACCUGUUUUGUGGGAGACCUGAAAAAGCCAACUACUGCAGUCACCAUCACGGAGCUCAAGUCUUCCAACUGGAGCCAGUCCCACAACCGCCUGGAUCACUGCAACAACUUGGCUGCAAAAUAAUCAGGCUUAAUUGGUGUCACCCAGCCUGGAGGUGCUGAAAGCUCCACCUCCCCUCACUCCCCAUCCUCCAGCCAUGGUGUGACUGUGAACCACAUGCAACACAUUUGGCUGAUGCCAUCGCGACCUCCCUCAGCCAAUUCAGCCGGCCGGCUCUAAAUUCCAACUUCCAGCCCCAGCAGAAGCUCUGUCACCAGGCAGGGGUUUGAGCUGAGGUCUCCUUGGCCUGGGCCUUCUCUGACUGGAGCACCAGGCCCACCAGUUCCAGUUCCUCCACAGAGGGAAGUCUAGGCUUCUGGAGACAAACAGGCUGGUGAUAGGGUUACCAGGCUAUGAAAACGAGGCUGCCCCGCUAAUGCAGGGUCACGCAGAGGUUGGGAGGUGGUGGGGGGUGAGUUGUUGCGUUACCUCUUCACGCCCUUGUCCCGUAUCUAAGACCUGGCCGGGCAGGCGGUAUCCUGAUCUCCCCCAUUGCAUUAUGGAGCUGGACCAAGGGCAGGUUGGGCUGAACGGAGCCCAUUGUGUGCCCAGGAGAAGGAGUCUUUUGGGAAGGUGGAUUUGGGUUACCACAAGGAGGUUCUACAUUGUGGAGGAAAGAAGAGGAGAGGAGGGCAAGGCCAACUGCUGGGCAUAGGGGGAGGUUAGAGUGUUGAUAUGGAGUGGCCCCCUCUGGGGAUUGGGUGACUGUUGUGCUGAGCUCACCCAGAAUCCAUUCCAGGAUUAUUUUUUUUGGAGGGUUGGUCAAGCUUGAUGGGCUCUCCAGAACUUCUGAUGUUUGAUACGCCCGACUCUGUUCUCACCUGUCACUGUGGUCCCACAUAAACGGUUGAUGUAAUGCUUUUUUACUUAUUGAGGUAAAUGGAUCAGUCCGUUUCAACCAUGACUUUUAUUUUCUCAACUUUUUUACAAUUGAAACGACAAUCAGACCAUUUAGUCAUAGUUCAACCUCCUUAGGAAGACUAUGUUCCUGGAAAUAUCUAUGUCAUCCUGUCCUCCAUUUCGGCAUAGAUGUGUGCACACCUUACAUGGGGCAAAUAUGCAGUGUCACCUCAGUUGAGCUCAGAAUGUAACAACCAAUUUGAUUAUACAACACUGUCCCCAUUCCCAGUGAGCUAAAUGGAGAGGGAGCGACCAUUAUCCUCUCACUAUCAUGUCCUUGUUGUCGAAAUAAUUUUGUUUGGGCAGAUGAGAGUGUGAGUGAGUCCAUGCGAGAGAGAGAGGGUUCAAGUGAAAAUCCAGCCUAUCGUCCCCAUCUCAAUUUCUCCCACUUCUCCUUGUCCUCGACAUUUCCCAAAACACUGACCGUUAGCACAGGAGGAUCACGGUCCCGGCAGGCCCACUGGGAUCAUGUUGUUUUUUGUCCCCUUUUGUGUGUCGCUCUCUUUCACAGGUUGGUUAAGAGUAUGUGCUUUUUACACAACAAGGCAUGGGAGGUGUAAAAGAAUCCUCCACAGAGAGCCCCUACACUGGUCAAUGGGAGCCCCGGGUGGACCCUCACUCCUGCAGCCUUUCACACAUCCUGCUCCCACCUCUCCAGUUACCUCCACUGUCCCCCUUACAACAAAGACCCAAGUGACUCCCCUCUCCUUCCCAGACCCUAUCAGCACGGAUCCACCUACGAUUUCCCUUAUGCCUAAUCUCUCCAGGAUCUAUGGAAAUGAGGUGCGCUGUGUGUCCCUGUAAAUGAGGCCGUCCCUAAUUAAAGAGAAGCACACAGUGUGUCCUAAGUGACUCAUGUUAAUUCUGUAACUCAAACUACCCAAGGUCUUGAAAAAGCAAGGUUUUAGUAUGUGUGUUUUUCUCUCUCUUUGUGUCCAUAAAAUAACCCAGAGUGAGACUGGGCUGCUUUGGCUGGAGUCACUCCGGUAGAAAGCUUUAGCCAUACAUAGACAGACCCUGUCGACAGGGCUGAUGGGGGGAGGGGGGGAUCAGGGCCCAAUCCAAGGGGCUGACAUUUAUGUCAAUCCUAUUUGUUUAAACCGUUUUGCCUUCCAUGCUUGGAGGGAAAUAAGGUCUAGUUUCAAUAUUUUGCCUUUGCUUGUGUAGUAUUUCCUCCCUCAUUUCCAGGAUCUCUUAUUUGCUCUCUCCCUCACUUUCUACACACUCUCUCUCUCUUUCUGCACUCUCAAAGUCCCCCUCCCCACUUUCCCCAAACACCGAUUUCUGAUUAAGUUGAACACUAUCCCCGGUAAAGUUUGCACCUGCCUCUUUUAGUAAAGUUCCUUCCAGAGCUUCGGCAGGGGCUUACACUUUCUCUGCUCCUCUCAUUCAAGUAUUCUCUUUCUCCCUGCUCCUUUUGAAAUCCAUUGGAUGCCCUAGGCGAGGAUUCGGCUGUUUUCUGGGACUCUCAUUAUUACAGUACCGUUAAUCCUGCUGGAAGUGGACGAGAAGUGCUCCUCUGUUUGGAUGUCCACCCCCCCCUCCCCUCCCACCACCAUCACCACAACAACCACCACCACCCCUCAGUCUUUCUCCAGUCCUCUCCUCACUUCUUUUAAACUCUGUGGAUGUUCCCAGCUGGAUGGAACACAGCUGUGUACUGGAGGCAGCCUGGUGAGAGUGGUGAGGAGCUAAAUGUCCAUCUUCUGAAAGCAGGAUGCUCAGGCCAGGCACUCCAGUCAUUCUGUUCCACCUCAUUUGCUUCUUUACUCAGAGAGAAGCUCUUUCUCAAGAGAUCAUGUACCCCUAUGGGCCCGUCCACCGAGAUCUGGAGACACCCAAGAUGGAUGAUGGAAGUUCCACUGAAAUAAUUAUACUCAUGCCAUUCAUUUUCUUUAAUAACCCCUAUCGCUCAAUCUAUGUCAACAACAACGGUGUGAUCUCCUUCAACGUGCAGGUGAGCCAGUUCACCCCCGAGGCCUUCCCCCUGAGUGACAGCAGAUCCUUCAUCGCCCCACUAUGGGCAGACGUGCACAACGGCAUCCGCGGAGACGUGUACUACCGCGAGAGCGCAGACCCAGAGUUACUGGAGCGGGCCUCACAAGACAUCCGCAAGUACUUCAAGAACAUGCCCACCUUCACAGCCACCUGGAUCUUCAUCACAACCUGGCACCAGGUCACCUUCUACGGAGGCAGUCAGACCACCCCGGUUAACACGUUUCAGGCUGUAUUGAUAUCAGAUGGUCUGUCAUGCUUUUCCAUGUUCAACUAUGGAGAGAUCAACUGGAGCACAGGCACUGCAAGUGGAGGAGACCCUCUGACUGGUUUAGGUGGAACCACAGCACAGUCAGGUUUUAAUGGAGGAGACAUUGGUCACUUCCUCAACCUGCCUGGGUCCCGCUCCAAUGACGUGGUUGAAAUCGAGCAGACGACCAAUGUUAACCUGCCUGGCCGCUGGGUCUUCCGUAUAGACACUGCCCUGAUAGACCCAGCCAAUGGCUGCAGUUACAAUGGGCGGUUCUAUCGCCGCGGCGAGAUCUUCUGGCUGUCUGAUCAGUGCUCCCAGCGGUGCCGCUGCCUAGACUUGGACAAUGAGGUGCUCUGCCAGGAGGCGCCAUGUGGCCAGCUGGAAACAUGCGAGCAGCAGGAGGGUGCCUUCUACUGCCAGCCCACCCGCACCAGCACCUGCGUGGUUUUCGGUGACCCACACUACCAUACCUUUGACGGCUUCCUCUACCACUUCCAGGGCACCUGCUCCUAUUUGCUUGCGCGGCCAUGCUGGGAGGUGGCCGGCCUGCCCUUCUUCAGCGUGGAGGCAAAGAACGAGAACCGCGGCGUGGCCUCCGUAUCCUGGUUGAGGGACGUCACUGUGGAGGUGUACGGCCACCGCGUCACCCUGCCUAAGGGCAGCCAGGGCACUGUACAGGUGGAUGGGCUGGUAAAGACACUGCCAGUCCAACUCCAGCUGGGUGCGGUCAGGGUGUACCAGUCAGGUGUUGCUGUUGCCCUGGAGACCGACUUUGGCCUCUUGGUAUCUUACGACGGGCAGCACUAUGCCUCUAUCUCCCUGCCUAGCUCCUACUUCAACAACACAUGCGGCCUGUGUGGUAACUAUAACGAUGACCCUGCUGACGACCCCGUGCUGCCCGACGGCUCACUGGCCGAGAGCGUGGUGGAGCUAGGUGGCAGCUGGCGGGCAGAGGAUGCUGACUGGCGCUGCACGGAUGGCUGCGCUCAGAACUGCAGUAUCUGUGACCCAUUGACCGAGGCGUUCUACUUCCGCCCGGACUACUGUGGACUCAUCAACAAGACAGACGGGCCUUUCAGGGACUGCAGGGCAGUGGUGGACCCCACGGCCUUCGUCUAUAGUUGUGUCUACGACAUGUGCAGCAACAGGGACAACAUUACCACCCUCUGUCAGGCCAUCCAGGCCUAUGCCUUAGCCUGCCAAGCCCUGGGGGUCACCAUACGACCCUGGAGAUCACGCACCUUCUGUGCCCUGACAUGCCCUGAGUCCAGCCACUACCAGGUGUGCACCAGUGCCUGCCCGGCCUCUUGCUCAGACCUCACCGCUCACCUGUACUGUGCCCACCCCUGCACCGAGGGCUGCCAGUGCGACCCGGGCUACGUGCUGAGUGGCAGCCGCUGUGUCCGGCGGCAGAACUGCGGCUGCGAGCGUGACGGCCUUUACUACCCCCUCAACGACACUUUUUGGGCGGGCCACACUGGCGAGGCCAGAGAGUGUACCCUGCGCUGUGUCUGUGGGCCCAACGGCGAAGUCUCCUGCUUCAACGACUCGUGUAGAGAAGGCGAGGUGUGUGUGGCGGAGGUCGGCCUGUUGGGUUGUUACCCCCGCAGGGAGGGAGUGUGUUCUCUGGGCCAGAACGCUGUGACGGCCUCCUUCGACGGGGCCUCCAUGUUCUUUCCGGACGACAGCUCCUACUACCUGCUGAGGUCGUGCGGGCCGACGCCGGCCAACUUGUCGGCUGUGGAGGUGAAGAUGGGCCGGCGGUUGGUGAACAAGGGUCCGGCCUGGAUGAGGCCCGUGGUGGUCAGGGUGGCCAACCUGGAGGCCCAGAUGGGUGGAUCGGACUUUGACACAGUGAAGCUGAACGGUGAGCCGGUACUACUACCUUAUAUCCACCCUCUGGAGACCCUGAUGAUCUACCGCGCCCCGGGCAACGCCACCGUGGUGGAGUCCAGCGGAUUGGUCCUAGUCCGCUACACCCGCCAGGGCUUCCUCAACAUCUCCCUCUCUACCCUCUUUUACAACGCCACCUGUGGCCUGUGCGGCCUCUUCAACGGAAAUGCCAGCGACGACCUCCGUCUACCCAACGGCCGUCUGGCCGAAUCCCCCGAACUCUUUACCGAAGGAUGGCGGGCCAUCGCCGACGACCUGACAUGUAACGGCGAUUGCGACGACCUGUACCGCAUGUGCACAGACCUGCGGCUCUACCAGAGCCCAUGGAUGUGCGGCAACAUCAACGACCCAGGGAACAGCUCCUUCCUGGCAUGCCACGGUGCCGUCAACCCCUCGCCUUUCUUCCGGAACUGCCUGUACAACAUGUGCGUGCGGGAGGGAAACCGCUCGGCGCUCUGCUCUUCGCUGCAGGCGUAUGCCUCAGCCUGUCAGGACGCCCAGGUGGGCCUUGCCGCCUGGAGGAGUGCUACCAAUUGCCCCUUGCCCUGUCCAGAGAACAGUCACUUCGAUGAGUGCACUAGCGCGUGCCAGCUGACCUGCGCCGGCCUUGACGAGCCUGACGAGCCGUGCCCACUGCCCUGCCAGGAGGGUUGCCAAUGCGAGGAGGGCUUUGCGCUGCGCGAUGGCCAGUGCGUGGCACGCAGUGACUGCGGCUGCCUCGACCUUGGCAGCCGGCAGCUGACCACCAACCAAACCUUCUGGACCGACUGGGAGUGCAAAGAGCGCUGCUACUGCAACGGCUCGGACAACAGCGUCUACUGCACUCUGGCACCAUGUGGGGAGGGCGAGUACUGCCAGGAGGGCCUUGAGGGCCUCUACUUCUGUCAGCCGCGCACCGAGGCGCUAUGCAUUGCCGCCGGUUACAGCCACUUCCUUCCGUUUGGUGGUGUGCCCUUCGAGCUACAGAGCAGCUGUACCUUGAGGCUGGCUACAACGGCGUGCAACGCCGAGGUGGUGGGGGAGGAUGAUGGGGAUCAGAGCCCCGCCACCCAGCCUGGGACGAGCAGCAGCGACACCUUCCCUCACUUCAAGCUGUCAGCCCGGAACGAGGAGAGGGACACGGGGCAGGCCAUCUGGGUAAGAGGGUUCAUCUUGGAGGUCUACGGCUAUGAGAUUGAGGUGUCUCGGAGCUACAAACACACCAUCACGGUGAAUAAGGAGCGUCUAUACCUGCCUCUGAAGCUGGGACCAGGGAAGGUCCACAUCUUCACCUUCGGCAUGCAGCUGGUGUUGGAGACGGACUUUGGCCUGAAGGUAGCCUUCGACUGGAACACCCUGCUCCUGCUCACGCUGCCCAGACGCCUCUACAACGCAACCUGCGGCCUGUGCCAGGGCAUGCCACUCUCCUCUCCUCCCACCUUCACCACCAACGACUGGGGCAUGGCCUGGGCCGAUCGGGACACCUUCUGCCAGGUAGGCUGCGGCGACUCGUGCCCACGUUGUGGAUUGGUCGAGAGAGGCCUCGGCGCCGUCGACGCCCCUCUCCUUGUCACGGAUGCCAACGUGGAAGAUGGGGCCCAAAAUGUCGAGGGAGGAGGCAUCAAUGUUGAAGGCGGGGGCUACACGGGAAUCCGAUUCCACCUGGGUGACGGGUUGUACGUGUUUGUGGAGCCUGAGGCAGUGCGUCUGUGCGGGCUGAUCGCGGACCGCGGUGGUGUGUUUGCACGCUGUCACAGCAAGGUGGCACCAGCGUUCUUUUACCAGAGCUGUCUGCAGGACACGUGCCUGGACCAGGGCGCCCCAGAAACUAUUUGCAACUGGCUGCAGAUCUACACCAGCACAUGCCAGACCCAGGGGGUGCGUGUGUUAGGCUGGAGAAGUGACACGCCCUGUGUGCUGACAUGCCCAGCCAACAGCCACUACUCUGGCUGCAUGUCAGUGUGCCAGCCGCAGUGUGCCCCAGCCCGAGGCCAGAGGGAGUGCACCCAGGACUGUGUGGAGGGCUGUCAGUGUGACCAGGGCUACGUCCUCAACGGCAAAGGCUGCAUCCUGCCCCAGAACUGUGGCUGCUACACGGACGGCAAGUACUAUGAGCCCAAACAGCUGUUCUGGAAUGGCGACUGCACCAAGCGCUGCCAGUGCAUCGGCCGCAACCUCAUCCAGUGCGACCCGCGCCGCUGCAAGGCCGAGGAGGAGUGUGCCCUGCACCACGGUGUGCGUGGCUGCUUUGCUCGGCGCUCGCAGCACUGCGUGGCAUCCGGCGGCGGUGUCUUCAGGACCUUUGACGGGGCGUCCUUGCGCCUGCCUGCCUCCUGCUCCUUCGUGCUGUCCACCAACUGCCACAAGCUACCUGACCUCUCCUUCCAGCUCAUCGCCAACUUCGACAAGUGGAGCACGCCAAACCUCACCACCAUCUCCCACGCAUACCUCUAUAUCAACGAGGAGAAUAUACUGAUUUCCGGGAGCACUGUGAAAGUGAACGGCACACCCGUAUCAGUGCCAUUCGUCACGGGUUUAAUGACACGCGUCUCCACGUCGGAGGGCUUCCUGGUCAUCGACACACCACAGGACAUCCAGGUGCGCUACAACCGCUUCAACACGCUUAGUAUCACCAUGGGUCAGCGGCUGCAAAACAAGGUGUGUGGCCUUUGUGGCAACUUCAACGGAGACCCCACUGACGACUACAUCACCUCCCGCGGGAAGCCAGCCAUCAGCGCCCUGGAGCUGGCCCAGAGCUGGAAGACCAAUGGCAUGCAGAACAGCUGUGACGAGACCCAGUAUGUGGCACUGGCCCAGUCGUGCGAGAACACGGCCGUGCUUGGCCUCCAGGGCGAGGAGGGGUGCCAGAAGCUCACCCAAAUGAAGGGCUUCUUCCAGCCCUGCCACGGCCUGCUGGACCCCAGGCCAUUCUACCAGUCCUGCUACCUGGACGGCUGCUACAACCACCGCAAGGCCCAGGUGUGCGGCUCGCUUGCUGCCUACGGCGAGGCCUGCCGCUCCCUGGGCACGCUCACAACAAAAUGGAUCGCGCAGGAGAACUGCUCAGAAUGGAUCUACGACCCCUGUGCAGGAGAGAUCUGCACCAACAACACGUGUGAGCAGGAAAACGGGGGAGACCUGUGUGGCUGUCCCGAUCUGCCCAACAAUGCUGGGGACGAGGAUGACAUCAUCCAGGCAGAGGUGACGUGUAAGCACGCCCAGAUGGAGGUGUCCAUCUCCAAGUGUAAGCUCUUCCAGCUGGGCUUCGAGCGUGAAGACGUGAGGAUCAACGACCAGCACUGCCCCGGCAUCGAGGGAGAGGACUUCAUCUCCUUUCACAUCAACAACACUAAGGGCCAUUGCGGCUCCAUCGUACAGUCCAACAGCACACACAUCAUGUACAAGAACACGGUGUGGAUUGAGAGUGUGAACAACACUGGCAACAUCAUUACCAGGGACAAGACAAUCAACGUGGAGUUUUCCUGCGCCUACGAGCUAGACCUCAAAAUAUCUCUGGAGACUGUGCUUAGGCCCAUGCUCAGUGUGAUCAACCUCACCCUCCCCACCCAGGAGGGUAACUUCAUCACUAAGAUGGCACUGUACAAGAACUCGUCGUACCACCAGCCGUACCGCGAGGGCGAGGUGGUGCUGAGCACGCGGGACAUCCUCUUCGUGGGGGUGUUUGUGGAGGGAGCCGACGAGAACCAGCUCAUCCUUAUCGUCAAUAUGUGCUGGGCCACGCCGUCCCGCUACAGCAGCGACCGGCUCCGCUACAUCAUCAUAGAAAGAGGUUGUCCCAACAUCAAGGAUAACACCAUAGGCAUGGCUGAGAACGGGGUGUCCCUCACCUGCCGCUUCCACGUCACAGUCUUCAAGUUCAUUGGGGACUAUGACGAGGUCCACCUCCACUGUGACGUAUCGCUGUGUGACCACGAGAUCAAUGCCUGCAAAGUGAACUGUCCCCACAACAGGAGGAUGUACACGGACUACAGCAAUCACAAGGAGCAGAUCCUCACUGUAGGACCCAUCAGAAGGAGAGAGUCGGACUGGUGUGAGGUGGGGAACGGGGGCUGUGAGCAGAUCUGCACCAGUAAAGGCAUGGGAGCUGUGUGUAGCUGUGUGACUGGGAUGCUGCAGAGGGACGGAAAGAGCUGUAGAGCUGUCAGCUCCAGCGUUGACCUCCGACCCCUCGUUCUCCCUCUGGCCCUUAGCACGGUGGUCUCCGUGCUCCAUGCUCACUCACACACUUUUCUCUUCUCCUAACACUGGGAGGACAGUUAGAGAGAGAGGAGGGAGAGAGAGAGAGAGACAGAUAAAAAGAGAAGAGGAGAGCAAUGUAACACGAAAUAACAGCAAAAUAUAGAACAGGCAGCUACACUUCCUGCUCACGGUCACAGAGACAUCCACAGCAACCAAUCACAGAGACAAGAAGCCCUUCCCUCUGGAUGGACUUGACAACAGCAACAACUCACAAGGCCCUGGAUCACAACAACAACAACAAGGCCCUGGAUCACAACAACAACAACUCACAAGGCGCUGGAUCACAAAAACAACAACCACAAGGCCCUGGAUCACAACAACAACUCACAAGGCCCUGGAUCACAACAACAACAACUCACAAGGCCCUGGAUCACAACAACAACAACUCACAAGGCCCUGGUUCACAAUGAAAAAAGCCCCCCUAAAGAAUAUUUUUACUCACAUAAACUUUAGCUAGACACAAGAAAGUCAGUAUAUUUCAUUUAAAAAACAGCUUAGUGAGUUAGUAUUAGAUAAAGCGUUUUUUUAUGAAAGGUGAGGGCAUAGUUUGCCCUACAUUUAUCUUUGAUGGCAAAGCUUGGUUUCCAAAAUGAUUAAAAAAUAUGUUUUAUCAUUAUUUAUGUGUAAAGUCUAAGGCUGUGUAUGUGAAUUGAUUACUUGUUCCCCACUCAGCCCCUUAUCCCCAACUCUGAAAAUAUUGAACGAGUCUCAAUAACAUACAAAGUGCUGGUAGAUGUGCCUUGACUACCAAAGGGUUUGGUCAUGUCACACUGCCAUUCUAUGUGCCUACUCAUGUGCCAGCCUCAAUCAGAAACAGUUCUAAAAUAAUCUGUAUGUUCAAAAUGAUACUCCUAGAAACAUUUGAUUGAAAAAUAAUGAAUAUUGUGAAAGUUAAAUUACUUCUCAAAAUGUUUUUUUUUGUGCACAACAUACAUUUUGUAAAAACCGAUGCAGGUCCAGUUCUCCAGACCAGUUCUCCAAAAAAGCAAUGUGACCUGUGUCAAAAUACGCCUACCUAGGCUACUGUUAUCAGCAUGUGAAAUAAGCAAUGUUUUUGUACAAUGACACAGAAAGAAGCUCAUCCCACUCCAUAUAGCUAGCAAUAACCAUUUAUGUUAGAAAAUAUUGGAGUAUCUCAUAACAUUUUCAUUAUGUACAAAUGUAUACUGAACAAAAAAUAUAAAUGUAACCUGUAAAGUGUUGGUCCCAUGUUUCAUGAGCUGAAAUAAAAUAU